AUUGCACUUGGGGCGUGGGCGUGGCUAUGCACAGUUAAGAAGAAACUGAACUAGCUGGCUGGCUAUAUAUAUAGCAGAAGCCACAAGAUUAUGCAUAUUGAAAUCAUAUAUAUGAUCGAUCAAAGAGCAUGGGGUGUAGCAAUAUGAAGAAUGCCAUGAUAGCAUUGUUGGUUACUCUUCCCUCCAUCCUCUUGUACCUUUCAUUCAUCCAUAACUCCACUCACCCAUCUCUUAAUAUUAUCUCAACAUGGCACCCUCUUCUAUUAGUUAAUAUCCUCUUCUUCUUCAAUGUUAAUCUCGUCUUUUGGCUCAUUGCCCAAAUCCAAUCCAGCCACUGGAUGAUUGACCCUUAUUGGACAGUCAUACCUGUCAUGCUUGUCCAUUACUAUUCCUCCCACCCUUUGUCUAACUAUAACUUCUGGAGGUCAAAGAUUGUCAUCAUCUUGACUUGGGUGUGGAGUGUAAGGCUCUUUCAUAACUACUUCAGACGAGAAAGGUGGCAAUGGGGUGCCAGACAGGAUUGGCGUUUCAUUGAUAUGUCCCAACAAUAUGGAAACCAUUGGUGGUGGGCUUCCUUCUUCUCCAUCUACCUCCCUCACCAGUUUUUGCUGAUUGGAUUAUCACUUCCCAUGUAUGUUAUCCACUUGGUGAAUCAGCCUCUCAACAUAUGGGACUUGGUAGCCGCACUUGUGUGUCUGUCUGGCAUCCUCAUAGCAUACUUUGCAGAUACUCAGUUACACAACUUUGUCACAAGUAGAAACAAUUUUAAAGAAGGAGAUGAUCACAAGGGUAUGGUUCUUGAGAGUGGGUUAUGGUACUAUUCUCGGCAUCCAAAUUACUUUGGUGAACAACUAUGGUGGUGGGGACUGGUUGUAUUUGCUUGGAAUUUGGGACAUGGAUGGACAUUCAUAGGAGCAUUGGGUAACACAGUGUGUUUGGGUUAUGUGACAAAACUGGUGGAACAACGAAUGUUGAAACAAGACAAGAGAGAAGAGGAAUAUAGGAUGUAUCAGAAGACAACUUCUGUAUGGAUCCCUUGCUUCAAAUUCAAGUUCAACUCAUCUGCUUCUUCAGCUUUAGAAUUCAAAAUUAAGAAUAGUUGAUCCAUGUUUUUCUUAUAAUUAAGAGAUUUGGUGUGAUUUAUUGUCCAACCAUGGUUUCUAUCAUUUUCAUUUUGUUUCUUGGUGAUUAUUAUGGAGAAAGAGUUGCGAGCUAAAGCAAAGUAUUCUGUUUCAUA